GGCAUUCAAUGCAAACAAUUUGUUUCACACAUUGUUUUCGUUGACAGUAUUUCGUCACACAUUUGGUCCGUCUCUUCACGAAUGUCACAAACGGUUGGAUCCUUUGUACUAACUCUUGUACGACAGGCCAAACGACGGCCAAUCGAGUGAAGAUACUUCAGGGCCAGAGCGACACCAAACUGAGCGAACUCGGGAUCAAACAAUCGCAACAAUUGUCUCAACACCUGAACUGCGAUCGGUUUGAUGUGAUAUUUGCCAGCGAUUUGAGCCGAGCGUUGGAUACGGCGAAGACUGUAGUCAAGUGUGACGAUCGGAUCCAAACCGAUGUCCGCCUCCGAGAGCGCAGUUUCGGUCCCAUUGAAGGCAAAACUCUCGACGAUCUCAAGGCGUUGGCCGCGAAGAGCGGCUUCAGUGCCGACCGAUUGUCUCAAUUCACUCCCGAAGGCGGCGAAAGUCUGCCGCAAGUGAGCGCCAGAGUUGUGGACUUCUUGAACAACCAUUUGCUUCAAUUGGUGUCAAACGGUUCCAGAGCUCUGAUCGUAACGCACGGCGGAGUCAUCCGCGAGAUUAUGCGGUACUUCAAGAGUGGACUUAAAUGCGAUUUCAAUGGUUUGAAUCCCAAUAUCAUUACUCCAAACACUGCUGUCAAUGAAUUCAAACUCUUUUACGAGAAUAAACGUCUCGUUUCUGCCGAAUGUCUUAAACUGCAUGACAUUCAACACCUGAGCGGCGAAUGCAAGACAUUUGCCGAGAAAGAGGAACAGCUCAACGAUUCAAACACUGCCGGACAACAGGAGGCUCUUUGAGAUUAACGCCAGAUUAUGAUAGAAAAUACUUAACAAUUGUUAUACAAUUUAUUUAUAAGUUGUUAUAAAAAUAAAGUUUUAUAGUUUUGAUUUA